AUGAUGAAUACCAAGGUCAUCGCUCUUUGCCUUAUGUUCCACAUCGCCGGUUCGUUGGGAGGACCGGUCAACGCAGCUCCUGAAAGCUCAAUCACAAAUGUUAUCGAAGAUUCUGCUAAGCAGGUUGCUGCAUCUGAAGGGCCUAUUGAUGCUAGCAAGAAGGAUGGUAUGUUCAUUCAAUACAUCUGGAAGCAUCCCUCCUUUCAAUACAAUAUCUGA